AGAGCCGCCCUGCGCCGGGCAUUGGCCGCGGGCGGCGGGGCGGUGGUGGCGGGGACGCCGCGCCCGCCUCCCGCCGCCGCUCCGCCAGCACCGCCCGGCCAAGUUUAAACACCCCCGGCAGAGCCGCCCGGAGUUGGCGGGAGUUGCCGGGGGCCGCGGCCCGGGCUGCACGGGAACCGCCCCGCCCGGAGCGCGCCCCGCCGCCGCCUAUGCGGGCACCGCGGGGCCGGGCGAGCCAUGGACGGCGGCGGCGGCGGGGUGCAGCCCGCCCUGGAGAAGAACGCGGCCGAGCUGACGGUCAUGGACGUGUACGACAUCGCCUCGGCCGUGGGGCAGGAGUUUGAGCGGGUGAUCGAUCAGCACGGCUGCGAGGCCAUCGCCCGCCUCAUGCCCAAGGUGGUGCGGGUGCUGGAGAUCCUGGAGGUGCUGGUGAGCCGCAACCACAUCAAUCCCGAGAUGGAGGAGCUGCGCCUGGAGCUCGACCGCCUGCGCCUGGAGAGGAUGGACCGCAUCGAGAAGGAGCGGAAGCACCAGAAGGAAUUAGAACUGGUGGAGGAUGUCUGGAGAGGGGAAGCACAGGAUCUUCUUACCCAAAUUGCACAGCUGCAGGAGGAGAAUAAACAACUGAUGACAAACUUGUCUCACAAAGACAUUAAUUUCACAGAAGAGGAAUUUCAGAAGCAUGAAGGGAUGUCAGAGAGAGAGCGGCAAGUCAUGAAGAAGCUGAAGGAAGUGGUGGAUAAACAGAGGGAUGAAAUCAGGGCAAAGGACCGGGAACUCGGACUUAAAAAUGAGGAUGUAGAGGCUCUGCAGCAGCAGCAGAACAGGCUGAUGAAGAUCAACCACGACCUGAGGCACCGGAUCACGGUGGUGGAGGCGCAGGGGAAGGCGCUGAUCGAGCAGAAGGUGGAGCUGGAAGCGUAUCUGCAAACCAAGGAGCAGGAGAUGGGCAACCUGAGAGCAGAGCUGGGCAAGCUCAGAGAAAAGCUGCAGGGUGAGGACAGCCAGGCCAGCCAAAAUGGGGAGGAAGUAAAGGCAGAACCAAACAAUGAUGAUUGUCUCUCUGAGUCAGAAAAGAUGGCAAUGGACUUGAAAGAUCCCAAUCGCCCCAGAUUCACCCUGCAGGAGCUCCGGGAUGUCCUUCACGAGAGGAAUGAACUGAAAUCCAGAGUGUUUUUGCUUCAAGAGGAGCUUUUAUAUUACAAAAGUGAGGAAAUGGAAGAAGAAACGAGAUCCCCACAGCCUACACCCAUAAUUCAGCCCAAACCCUCAACUCAGCCUGAAUCUGGAAUCAAACGACUGUUUAGUUUCUUCUCUCGUGAUAAGAAACGUAUGCAGGCGUCACAGAAAAAUGUCCACUUCCAGGGAACUUUUGGAGAAUGGUCACAUUCAAACAGAGACGACUCCUACAUGGAACAAGGACAAGAAGCCCUGCAACACCUGUGACUAAAGCCUGAGGUGUUUGGUUUGCUGCAGUAGAUCUCGACAGUCCUGUAACAAGAAGCUUCUGUAAAGCGUCGCGGCAGCUCGUCACUUUUACUUGCCUUGCACACCUCGGGGGUUUCAGACUCUCCAAAAGGGAUCCCUCACUGUUCACUUGGUGACUGUUUGCUGCAAACAAGAACCCAAGCUUUGUAGUAACAGUUGCUGACACCCUGGGACAUGGAAGCUUCUAGAUGACUUGUUUUGUGCAGAGUAACAAGUCUACGAUCUGGUUCAUGCAUUAACUACAGUAACACAAGCUUCUUUAAACCAAAAAAGGACCUGUGCCAUUAUUAGAAGUUUGUUUGCAGUGUAUAUCUAGUACAGGGCAAGGACUCUUUUACCCUGUUUCUUAACACUAUUGGUUGUUUGCUUUUUAUUUCUGUAAUUUUUUCAAGAGGGAUAGGACAGCUGGAGGCCCUUGGUGGCAGCCCACAGCUCUGCUGUGUCCUGUCAGUGCCGCUGGCAUCGGCAUCUUGCAGUCACCCCUUGGAAAUGCACCUGGCACAGAGAUAACUGGAGUAGCCCUGAGAGGGACAGUGAGUGUACAUUUCCCUUGUGCUUACAGUGCCUAAAGCAUGAAGAGCCGAUGUAUGAGGUGAGCGUGCCUUGUGUUCUGCAGUAUUAACGGAAAACAAAUUGCUUACAGGGAGGAAUCCUAACUCUGGAAUUUUUUCCUUCUUAGCAGGGACUUCCUCACAGUGUAGCAGGCAGCUGCUGUAAAGGGAUCUUUUCCACAGACAGGUUUUUAAUUAAGUCACACUUCAUUUUCCUGUCUAGGUAAGACUGCCCAACUUCAGAGGAAACACAUCCUCAGCUGGCUGACUGAACUAUUUCACUGACCUAGACAUGACCCCAACCUUUUCUCUUGACUAAACACUACGUGGGCAGAGCAGAUGAGUUCUGUGCGUGAGGCUGCUCCUCUGGUGGUGGCAGAUGUCUGGGUAGCCCCUGUUAGAGGGCUGAACUCAGCAGCAACAGGGGCUGGGGCUGGAUCUGCUUUGCAGCUGAGCUGGUGAGACCCUGGGCCUGACCAAGGUUGUCCUUCCAACACUAAAACCCCACAGCAUCAGCGUUGUGGACACCCAGUGCCAGUGCACUCCACACACUCCACGAGGGACCUGACCAGGUGGGAAAGUGCAGGUAUCCAUGGCUUCGUGUGAGGACAGGGCUGAGGUGUCUCUUGUGAGAAACUCUUAAAUGGGGGGAGUGUCUUAAUUUAAUGAUACUUAAAUUGCCAAGAUCUGCUUCACUUCCAUGUGAGAAAACAAAAAGUGCAGCACAGUCACAUCAGGCAGUUCAACUGUGGAUGACUCCAUCGAGUCUGUCCCGAGCGCAGUUCAGUCGUGUGGCUCAUUCAGGAGGGAUGCUGUGAGCACAAACAAUGCCAGAACGUGGGCCUGAGUAAGCAGAUGCCUUUGGAAAUCAGCUGAGAGCAAUGAGCUGGGAUAAUGGAACUGCACAGAGCCAACCUAAGCUGGUGUAGCACAAAGGAAAUCUACAGGCCUGAUGCACACAAAGCAGAGCCCGGGGCUCUGUCAGGGCAGCUCUGCAGCCAACACCACACCAGUGCACGAGGCAGGACAGCCUUCCCCACAUCCCUGCAGCCCAUUACCUCAACCCCUCAGAGCUCCUCCUGACCUGCUGGCAUUAACCACUCCUUCUCAUGUCUGCAAUGCUGCAUUCACAGACCCCCAAGUGCCAACGGGAAGGGUGGCGCUGGGAAGUGUUUGUAAAGAUCUGAAGAUCUGUCGUGUAUUGUUUGUCAAUAUUCAAGGAAAAUCUGCUUUUAGAAAAGGGGCCAGGAUGCUGGCAGGUAAGGGGUGUAACAAUCCUGCCUGCCAAGUGCAGGAUCACUGACAUUUUUUGGGUUGGUUUAUUUUUUUUUCUUGGUUGGGCAGUAAAUCAUUUUAACAGUUUAAUAAAUAUUUCUGAAAAACAUGUA